UUUGAAUUUAACAUUAUGGACAUAUUAAUUAUACAAAGUGUGUUCAGUUUAAAGCUGAAUAAUGGAGUCAAAGGCUAAAAACGUCCUUUUGAAAAUAGUAUCAUUCGUUUCCUUCGGAUUUUAUCUGUGCGGUGACGGCCGUAACCAACACACUGAAGAAACUACUUCUGAUUCUGUGAUCGGUGGAGCGGUUGGUGGUGUGCUUGGCGUGUGUGCUGUCGUAGAGCUAGUGGUGGUCGUCCUGGUAUUGAAGGAAAAAGGGAUUAUUUGGAAGGAGAGCAAGAAUACCUAUGAGGAUAUAUCACCUGGAAGAAGCCAAGAUGAACCGUACACAACAUUGGCUGUUGCGAGCACGAGUAUACACAUUUUGUUCCUUGUAUUUUUGUUAUACUGUCAGAGUUCCAUUUGUCAGAGUCCCAUUAAUACAUCAUAGUACUAAGUGUUUCAGUGAAAAUAUGUUAUUUCUUAUUAUUUGAACUU